AAACCGGCAGUUCUCAAAAGCUGAAGAAUUCCAAAGGAACUCCGUUAUUUUGACAGGAAAAUACAACAAAGAAUAUCGUUUACAUGUAGCGCGUCACUUCUGCGUGUUAUGAAAGACUAUCUUGCUCUGUAUCUUUCUUUGAGCGUGUGAGACAAAGCAACGGCGAGUCGUGCGCCUUCACACUAGAGUUUACGAUAUGUCAGAUACAGCUACACUGCGCAUCCAUUCUGAUAAACUGAAAAAUAAAAUGAUAAAUAAUAUUAUAAAUUAUAGUAACGCCACAUUUUAUUGUCAGUAACGGUAACGGCGUUGUAACGGGGGAAACAGUAAUUCGUUUGAUUAUGUGUUACUGAAAAAAUAAGGCCGUUAGUAAAGCCGUUUAUUUAUAACGCCAUAAGUUAUUCCCAUCACUGCUGAGAAACCCAGUACUCAGAGUAGCCAGGAAGAGCUCCAGAGAGAACUUGAUGAAAUUAUUUAUUCCAUCAGAAGAAAGAAGCAUGAUCUAUAUCGACAAAAUGGCAUUUGCUAUUAUGUCACUCAACUUGCAUUUUUUUUGUUCUAAUGAAAUUUUCUGAACCUUACAGACAGCAGCCAAACAAGGCAACGCAAAAGAAGUUGACUUGGUGAGCUGAAAAAUACACUCAGAAAGAAGAUUGUGCAGUACAACGCCAUUCCUGGCACUGAAGAGAAAAUUGACCCAGAAGCAGCAUGCAGUCUCUGUGAUGAUGGCAUUCUGCCUUGGGAAGCACAAGGAGAUGCUUGAGAAACUCCAUGCCAUUGGAUACAAGCCAGUUUUGCUUCUUGGCAAGGAGACCAAAAAGAAAGAAAACAAGUGUGAAAUAUUAACCCCUCGCUGCACACUCUCCACCUAUGCCCAGGACUACCUUCAGAAGAUAGGUUCAUUUUAUGAAUACCUCUGUGAAGGUUGGAACCAGGAUUCCAGUGGCAAUGAUGAUCAGCUGAUUACUCUGCACCUCACACCCUGUGACUCAUUGGAGAACACAAGCAGCCGGGAGGAGGUGAGGACCACACAGGUGGAAGAGACAAGGAACAUGCUGGUGGAGCAGGUGGAGCAGGCGACCAUUAUGGAGGGGCAGGCAGAGCAGAUGAGCGUCAAGGAGGGGCAGACGGAGCAGGUGACUAUUAUGGAGGGGCAGGCGGAGCGGGCGACCAUUAUGGAGGGGCAGGCGGAGCAGAUGAGCACUAUGGAAGGACAAGGGUCAGCCAUGGGCACAGUUGAUCUCACUAACAAAAAGAAAAAGUCAGACACACCUGGGACACAUACAGGCGUGGACAAAAAUAUUGACACCCCUGCAUUUCUGUCAGUUAAUAAAUGCACUACUUCUCCCAGAAACUUGUUGCAGUUAUAAAUUGUUUGCAUUGGAACAACACACACAAAAAAAAAAAACAGGAAAAAAUCCAAAUCUGAGACAUUCUACACAAAUCUCCAAAAAUUGACAAAAUUGACGCCCUCAACUUAAUAUUUGGUAGCACAUCCUUUGGAAACAAUAACUGAAAUCAAUUGCUUCUUGUAACCAUCAGUGGGUUUCUUACAGCUCUCUCCUGGACCACUCUCCUUUUGCCAACUGCUCUUUCAGAUUUUAAGGGUUUCUACUCGAGAUCUCUAGACAGGUGCUCUAUGGGAUUUUGAUCUGGACUCAUUUCUGGCCACUUAAACCUUCCAGUGCUUUGUCUUAAACCAUUUUUUGGUGCUUUUUGAAACAUGCUUUGAGUCAUUGUCCCGCUUUAAGGCCCAUGACCUCUGACUGAGACCCAUACGCCCUACAUUGCGCUCCAGAAUUCUUUGGUAGUUUUCAGAUUUCAUAAUGCCAUGCACACAGUUACAGACAUCCAGUGCCUGAGGCAGCAAAGCAACCCCAAAAUAUCAGUGAGCCUCCACCAUGUUUGACUGAGGGACAGUGUUCUGUUCUUUUGAAGGCCUCGUUUCAUUUUCUGAAGACAUGCAGUACAAUGAUGUGCUUUACCAAAAAACUCUGUUUUAGUCUUAUUUGUCCACAGGACAUUCUCUCAGAAGGACUUUGACUUCCUCAGGUACGUUUUGGCAAACUCCAAUCUUGAUUUUUGUUUCUGUGUCAGCAGUGGGGUCCUUCUGGGUCUCCUACCAUAGCGGCCCUUUUCAUUCAGAUAGCGAUGGAUAGUGCAAGCUGACACUGUUGUAUCC